GGCUAGCGGAGUAAAGAAAUUCCAACAAACAAUGAGCGAAAUCCGAUUCAUGAUACUCUGAAAAGAGAGGACUGAAAAUGGGUCAGAAUCAAUCAGGUCUCCCUAACAGUGGAGGACAGGGACAAGGUGGUGACAAAAAGGAUGACAAGGACAAGAAGAAAAAGUAUGAACCACCAGUUCCCACACGAGUAGGGAAGAAAAGGAAAGUGAAGGGUCCAGAUGCAGCGAAUAAAUUACCUCAAGUUACCCCUCAUACAAGAUGUAGACUUCGACUUCUCAAGAUGGAACGAAUCAAAGAUUAUUUACUGAUGGAAGAAGAGUUUAUUCGUAACCAAGAGCGACUUAAACCACAAGAUGAAAAGGAUGAGGAAGAGAGGUCAAAGGUUGAUGACCUGCGAGGAACACCAAUGUCUGUGGGUAAUUUGGAAGAAAUCAUUGAUGAUAACCACGCUAUCGUUUCCACAUCUGUUGGCUCAGAACACUAUGUCAGUAUAUUAUCAUUUGUUGACAAAGAUUCUCUUGAACCAGGCUGCACUGUCCUCCUUAAUCAUAAGGUGCAUGCUGUCGUCGGUGUACUAAGUGACGACACAGACCCUAUGGUAUCAGUAAUGAAGCUGGAGAAAGCACCUCAAGAGUCCUAUGCUGAUGUCGGUGGACUGGAUUCACAGAUUACAGAAAUCAAGGAGUCUGUCGAGUUACCUUUAACGCAUCCAGAGUAUUACGAGGAAAUGGGUAUCAAGCCACCCAAAGGGGUCAUACUGUUUGGUGCACCGGGCACGGGCAAAACCCUACUGGCAAAGGCUGUAGCCAAUCAAACAUCAGCAACUUUCCUGAGAGUGGUUGGAUCAGAACUUAUACAGAAGUACUUGGGUGAUGGACCCAAGCUUGUUCGUGAAUUGUUCAGAGUUGCAGAGGAACAUGCUCCCUCCAUAGUGUUUAUAGAUGAAAUUGAUGCUAUUGGUACAAAAAGAUAUGAAUCCAACUCUGGUGGUGAACGUGAAAUCCAGCGCACCAUGUUGGAGCUCCUGAAUCAGCUGGAUGGCUUUGACUCCAAGGGUGAUGUCAAAGUUAUCAUGGCAACCAACAGGAUUGAGACGCUGGAUCCUGCUCUCAUUAGGCCAGGACGAAUUGACAGAAAGAUAGAAUUUCCACUGCCAGAUGAGAAAACAAAACGACGCAUUUUCAACAUCCACACAAGCAGAAUGACACUUGCAGAUGAUGUGAACUUAGAUGAGUAUAUCCUGGCCAAAGAUGAUUUGUCAGGAGCAGAUAUUAAGGCAAUUUGUACAGAAGCAGGCUUAAUGGCAUUAAGGGAAAGGAGAAUGAGGGUGAACAAUGAAGAUUUCAGAAAGUCAAAAGAGAAUGUUUUAUACCGGAAGACAGAGGGAACACCAGAAGGACUUUACUUGUAAUUAGGUCUUGCUCAAUGGGUUUUUGAAUGUUAAAUUAAAUACAAGCACAGUAGAAACCCAGUCACUUAAAUUAAACAAGUUUGUACAUGUCAGGCCCAUAAUUAGGGGGUUUUAUGGUUAGGUCAACAACCCUUUUCAAGCAAAAACCCCCCUGGUAAAGCUGAACCACCCCUCCCUGCCUUGCAUGAAAUACCAUCAAAAUAAUAAAAUUCACCAUUUACAUAAAUGCUUCAACUCCAGAGGGGUUCCCCUCAUAAACCCCCUUUAAGGAAUUUUUUCAUGGGCCAGAAUGUCAAACCAUUAUGUAGUCCAUAUUUGUACUAAUUAUAAGCAAUUUCAUUAAAGAAUUGUGGAUAUAUGCUAAUAAAGGUAUUACUUUG